UGGGAUAAUUUUGUUGGAAACAUAAAUAUAUGUAAGCUUAUGUUGUUUCCAUGUCCUAGGCCUCAUCCAUCACCUCUUCAACAACCCAAAAAGUAUUAAUUUCUAUCCAUGUGAAAGAGCAAAAUCAGACCAACAAAGCUCCAAACUUACUCAGAAACACCCAAAUCCAAAACCAAAAAAUGCCCAUACUCAAAUUCCUGUUCACCACCCUCUCUCUAUCCCUUAUUUUCUUCCAUACCUGUGAUUCUGUUUCAAUUUUAGACCUUGACAAUGCACUGAAAAACAGAGAAGUUGAUGUCAUGGUGAGAAGGGUUUGCACCAAAAAGCUUGAAGAUUGUUUAGAAGAGCAAGAAAUGGAGUCAGAGAGCAGCAGGAGAGUGCUGGUGAUACAAAGGAGGUACAUUAGCUAUGAGACACUGAGGAGGGACAUGGUCCCAUGUGCAAAGCCUGGUGCUUCUUACUAUGAUUGCAAUGCUGGUCAGGCAAAUCCUUACAACCGAGGUUGUGAGGUUAUUACGAGAUGUGCUAGAGGUAUUAAAGAUAUCAAAACCUGAAACCCCAAAAUUGAAGUUUUACCCAUGAUAACUGCUUUGUGAAAAGUGGUAAUGUCUUGGUUGUGGGUUUCUAAGAUUUUUGUUGUCUUUCUGGGUUUUUUCUUUUUUUGGUUUAUGGCUGUAUAUCAAAGAUUCUUACUUUUAAUUUGGCAUUUGCUACAUAUAAAUGCAUGUUUAACUUGAA